AUGCCUGAAGAAAACUAUACCAUGAAAAAUGAGUUUAUCCUCACAGGAUUUAAAGAUCACCCAGAGCUGACAACUCCGCUGUUUGUGGUGUUCUUUGUCAUCUAUCUGAUCACCAUGGUGGGCAAUCUUAGUCUGCUGUUACUCAUCUCAAAGGAGCAGUGUCUUCAUACACCCAUGUACAUCUUUCUGGGCAGCCUGGCUCUUGUGGAUUCCUGCUGUGCCUCUGCAAUCACUCCAAAGAUGUUGAAGAAUUUCAUUUCCAAGAACACAAUGAUAUCCCUUUAUGAAUGUAUGGCACAAUUUUAUUUUCUUUGCACUGUUGAAACUGCGGACUGCUUUCUACUGGCCGCGAUGGCCUAUGACCGCUAUGUAGCCAUAUGCAAUCCACUACAGUACCACACCAGGAUGUCAAAGAAACUUUGCAUUCAGAUGACCAUAGGUGCCUUCAUAGCUGGAAACUUACAUUCUAUGAUUCACGUAGGGCUUCUAUUUAGGUUAGCAUUCUGUGCAUCUAAUCACGUUAACCACUUUUAUUGUGAUAUCAUUCCUUUGUACAGGCUCUCCUGUGUGGAUCCCUAUAUCAAUGAACUGGUGUUAUUCAUCUUUUCAGGCUCAAUUCAGGUCUUCACAAUAGGUAGUGUCUUAAUUUCGUACCUCUUCAUUCUUUGCACUAUUGUCAAAAUGAAAUCUAAAGAGGGAAGGCUCAAAGCCUUUUCCACUUGUGCUUCGCACUUUUUGUCUGUUUCAUUGUUCUAUGGCUCUCUUUUCUUCAUGUACAUUAGGCCCAAUUUGCUUGAAGAAGGAGACAAAGAUAUACCAGCAGGUGUUUUGUUUACAAUAAUUGUUCCCUUACUAAAUCCUUUCAUUUACAGCUUAAGAAAUAAGGAAGUAAUAAGUGCCUUGAGAAAAAUUCUGAUAAAAAAUAAUCUCAAAAAAGUUUGA